AUGGGUGGGUCUGAUGCCGAAGCGGUCAGUCAUUGGUCUUGGCCAGCUCCUGGUGCGACCUUGCAUCUGCCAGCUGCCAGUCUUUUACAACGCGAGGCAUUCAGCUGUGCCGUCGUGGUUGCCCCGCCGAUGUUCUUCCAGGUUCGCUUUCCAAAGGCUAUGCGGACGACACAUCCCGCUGAGAAGUGGCAGCUGACGGUCAGCGGGCGUCGCCAACUUGUUCAGGGAGCUGUGGCAUUGGCCACCUGCCAGCCUGCCGUUGCCUGGACUUUACGGCCUCGAAACAAUGCCGAGUUUGUGCGAGAUAUUGUUCAACAAGUUGUUGCUGAAGCGCCUGGAUCCCCACGUAACCAAGCAGACUUGCCUGAUGAAGAGCAAGUUCUCUUGCAGAUCUGGACUGCAGCGUGCAUGUACGGCCUUGAUGCCGAGCUCAUCAAGGCUGGUGGACGAGGGGAGUGGGAAUCUGCAUUGCUGGAAGGGUUGCGGGAUCUGCGUGCUACUCGAUGGGCCGAUGGUAUUCAGUGGCUUGGAGAUACCCUCCUCAGCAACUUUGGCGUGAAUCCGACCUGGGAUGGUCGCGAACAUACCUCCAAGCGCCUCAUCGAUGCUGCAGACCGCUUGCUAGAAAAGCUCGGGGAUCCAUAUGCGCAGUAUUACCCGCCGGAGGAAUGGACUGAGAUGACUCAGGUUGCCGAGGGCGGCGAUGUUGCCGGCAUUGGUGUUGCUUUCUCUCAAGACACAACUCGUGGGAGGGGAGGGUCUCCAGAGGUUGUGGCAGUCAUCAACGGGAGCUCAGCAGCAUCUGCGGGCGUCAUGGUUGGUGACCGUUUGGUGGAAGUGGAUGGGCAAUCCGUGCGGGUGCCAGCAGAUGCGGCCCGGUGGAUUCCUGGCCGACCAGGCACCUGGGCCAACGUGAAGUUCCAACGCAAAGCCUCCGAAGGAGGCUCAUCAGAGUACUCUCUGACUUUGCAGAGACAGCCGAUGCGAGUUGAGCCCGUGGAAUUUCGAGUUCCAUCCCAUGGUGUGGGUUACAUUCGGAUCAUCAGCUUCAAUGGGCCAGAUGUGCUGAAGCCGCUUCACCGAACGCUGCAAGAUGUGGCCAGGCAGCGGCUUCGUUACCUCGUCUUGGACUUGCGUGACAAUCGUGGCGGCCGCUUGAGCGAUGCACAGCGCGCCACUUCGGAGCUGCAGCAACAGCUCAUGGACAAGAGGAUAGAGGGGCUGGCCGUGCUGGUGAACGCGAAGAGCGCCUCAGCUUCUGAGAUGAUGGCAGCGGAGCUUCGGCGGGCGAAGGUCCCCGUGGUCUUCUGCGGGGACGGAGUGCCGAAGACCUUUGGGAAAGCCGAGGAGCAGGAGGCCAUUGAGCUCAGUGACGGAGGCGCGCUGCUUCUGACAACUUCGCGCUGGGCCGCGGAGGGCUUCUCUGGCGUGGCUGCUGAUGUAGCCUGCGGCUGCUCAAGCAACCUCCAGUCAGCUGCAUGUGAGACCACCGACUGGGAGCACUGCAUUCGCUGCGCGGCCUCCAUAGUUGCUGAGGGGGGUGCUGCGACUUCCGCCAGCUGGAAAAGACUCCCAUGCUGA